UCCAUCAAAUCCAUCAAAUCCACCAAAUCCACCAAAUCCACCAAAUCCACCAAAAACAUCACCACAAUACCGUCAAUUGAGCCACAACAACAACAACGCGAUUUUAUCGCUGCGCAAAAUGGCCUCGCGCGCCGAUUCUCCCGACGACGACGACCCUUUUUACCUCACACCCGACUUGCCGGCUCGCGAGCCGCCCGCUCCGCCUGCAAGGCCCGUGACGGCGCUCCCGCUCGACCACAAUUUCCUCAACCACAAAUAUGAAUCUAUCGACAUAUUGAUGCUUGAACUUCAAGACUGGGCCAAUGAACAGGGCUUUUCCGUCAAGAAAGAGCGUGCCUGCAACUACAUCAAGGACUUUGGACCUUCGCGAGUCGAUAUUUCCUGCCUCUGGGAUAAAUUACGGCCCUCAGAGGCACAUUCUCGCAAGACAGACACCAUAAAGCGAGACUGCUGCUUCAAGGCAGUUGCAACGGCUUUGGCUGUCAACAACAGGCAUUCAUGACCGACUAUAACGACAAGCCGGGCACAAAGAAUCGUGAUAUUACGAUGGAGCUUCGUAGGAAAUUUCCCUCCAUAUAAUUCAACCGCAGACAACUCAGGAACCUUCGCUUUUCCCUCCGCAAGGAUGACCUCGACGGGCAUACUGCUUUUCAGGCCACGAUAAAGCUGCUUGACGACAAAGGCAUCGCCUACAACGUACAAUGGUUAGAUCACGAUGAAAACAAACCAAUAGGUC